AGCAUUAGGAAUCUCGUAUAUCAUUCGUAAAAGGCUUCGUCUUGCUGAUGCUUUUGAUUCAUGGGUUGCGUGUGCCGGCUGUUUCAAGCAUCAAAACAAGUCUGUACGUGUUGUGUUGCAGUGAUCGUCUUUGACGAAUCGACCAAGUAAAAAAGAAGAUAUGAGUCGCAGGAAAAGAGCGAAGGUGGAAUACAGGGAAAUGGAGGAAAAGUACAACCAGUUGGAUGACGAUAACGCCUCAGAUACAGAGAAACCAAAACCUGGUUUAGUAACUCCAGAGAAGAAAGUUCCUACAGAUGGGAGGAAAGAAUCCGAAUCCACAACACCUACUUCAGUACCUUCUGCUUCAAAAUCUGAAGUUAAAGAGGAAGAUGAACAAGAGAGUGAUCACGAAGAUACACAUGUGAAGGAAUUACUUAAUGGAUUAGAAGGUGCGGCUUUUCAGAGUCGUCUUCCAUUCGAUAAAUUGACAUCCACUGAAGCUGCAUGCUUUCCUGACAUUUCUGGUGGACCGCCACAAACGCAGAAAGUGUUCUUGCACAUUAGAAAUAGACUUUUGCAAAUUUGGCUGGAAAAUCCGAAGCAACAGUUGAUCAUCGAAAAUGCAUUACCUGCCAUCGAACCACCUUAUAACAGCGACCCAGCACUCGCUCGUAGAAUACACGCUUUUUUAGAACGUCAUGGUUUUAUAAAUUUUGGAGUCUUUAAACGUCUGAAGCCUGUACCUACAAAAAAGUUAGGUAAAGUUAUUGUGAUAGGAGCUGGUAUUGCUGGCUUGGCAGCAGCUCAGCAAAUGCAACAGUUCGGGUUAGAUGUAGUAGUGUUUGAAGCUAGGGAUCGUGUUGGUGGACGAAUCGCUACAUUUCGUAAAUCAUCUUACAUCGCGGAUUUGGGGGCCAUGGUAGUUACAGGUUUAGGUGGAAAUCCCGUAACAACUCUCAGCAAGCAGAUUAAUAUGGAGCUUCAUAAAAUACGACAAAAGUGUCCCCUGUACGAAAGUGAUGGUCAAACGGUCCCAAAAGAUAAAGAUGAAAUGGUCGAAAGAGAAUUCAAUAGAUUACUGGAAGCCACUUCUUAUCUUUCACAUCAAUUAGAUUUCAAUUAUGUAGGCAGUACUGGGUCCGGUGGGCAAAGUAGUAAUACACGUCCAGUAUCUUUGGGACAAGCGUUAGAAUGGGUAAUACGUUUACAAGAACAAGGCGUGAAGCAGCGUCAAGUAGCUCAUCUUCGUUCUGUCCUCUCGUUACAAGGACGAUUAGUUACUAAUCAACACAGAAUGAUUUCUAUCAUGGACCGUUUGGUGGAAUUGAAUAAGCAAUACAAGGACAUGGCUGAGUGUAAACCACAAAAUCGAGAUAUCACGCAGGAAUUUGUGCUCCGUUCUAAAUUACGUGAUCUCCAUAAUGCUUGCAAAGAAUGGGAUCAAUUGUCAGACCAGCAAAAGGAAAUCGAGGCAAAACUACAAGAAUUGGAGGCUUCACCACCCAGCGAUGUCUACUUAUCAUCCAAGGACCGACAGAUAUUGGAUUGGCACUUCGCAAAUUUAGAAUUCGCCAAUGCAACGUCGCUGUCAAAUUUGAGCCUGAAACACUGGGAUCAAGAUGACGAUUUCGAAUUCACCGGAAGUCACCUGACCGAGAGGGAAACGCUAGCGUCCUACUGUGGUUCAAAGGGUGAAUGUAUCGCAAUUCGCAACGGUUAUUCUUGCGUACCUGUUGCUCUCUCGGAAGGACUCGAUAUUCGAUUGAACACAGCUGCUAGGGCGGUGCGAUACGGGCCAACUGGUGUAGAAGUAUGGGUCGCGCCCUCCCGUAGUCCGCACACAAAUCAAACCAUCCACAAGGCCGACGCUGUUCUGGUUACGUUGCCACUUGGGGUCCUCAAGGCUUACUCGCCGCCUUCCGGGGUCGCCUUCCAUCCGCCGCUUCCGGAGUGGAAGACUCAGGCCAUUCAACGACUCGGCUUCGGCAAUUUAAAUAAGGUGGUAUUAUGCUUCGAGCGCAUCUUUUGGGAUCCAACGGCCAAUUUGUUCGGCCACGUGGGAAGUACCACCGCGUCACGCGGCGAGCUCUUCUUGUUCUGGAACUUAUACAAGGCGCCGGUCCUCUUGGCCCUCGUCGCCGGCGAGGCAGCCUGCGUAAUGGAAAAUGUCAGCGACGAUGUUAUCGUGGGCCGCUGUAUAGCCGUCCUGAAGGGCAUCUUCGGGAAUCAAGUGGUACCGCAGCCGCGUGAGAGCGUCGUCACGAGAUGGCGUGCGGAUCCAUGGGCUCGCGGUUCCUACAGUUUCGUCGCGGUCGGUAGUUCCGGCAGCGAUUACGAUCUCUUGGCGGCACCGGUCGCCGCUCCGUCGCCGCUAGUCAACCAUCCUCCAGGCACACAGGCGCAGCCAAGGGUGUUCUUCGCGGGUGAACACACAAUACGGAAUUAUCCAGCGACCGUGCACGGCGCAUUCCUCAGCGGCCUUCGCGAAGGCGGACGUAUAGCCGACCAGCUUUGCGGGAGUCCUUACGCGCCGCCGACGAUGCCAACUUCCGUUCCGCCGUCAACGGGGAUCGCGCAGGCGAAUAGCGGCACCAGCUCGACGCCUUAGAGUGCUUUCGUUCUUGCGAUUUUUGUCUUUCUUCAGGCCGGGGACAACCGUCUUUCCGCGGGAAAGUCUUUCCUUUGCAGAGCUUUUCUCUCGGAAGAGAAAGGAGAGAAGCAUUCUCCGCGAUAAUUCGAGUCCCGCGCCAUCCGAUUCGUCAACGAGCGCGACUGCAGAUUCGUUCUCUGAUCGGAUAUCGGUUCGAUUUUAAGUUCAACGUUUUCACGACAUGUUGCGUUAUGUACUCUCUAAAUUACUUGGAGUAAAAUUUCGUUCAAGUCUCCUGAUUACUCGUCGCGAAACUCUUGAUUGAUGACGUUUACAGUGAGGAAAUGUAUGCCCAAAAUGCCUGCAAAAUACGUCGAAAUAAGAGAGGAUAUCCAAAAAAUAACAUUUGCAAUAAAUUAAGAACUUCUUAAAAAUACACUUUCCCUUUUCUCUAAUAAUCAAUAAGUAAUUGUAAAAUUAACGUGACUUACGUACGUUUAAUGUACGUUUCCUGAUUAUUUUGUCACGUUAACUUUAGGUUAUUUGUUGAUAGAGUAAAAGGAAAGUAUUUAGAGUAUUUAAAAGAUGUACUUAAUUAAUAUUGUGUUAUUUUUUAAUAUAUUUUUUUUAUUUCGACAUACUUUGUAGGAAUUUUGAAUAUAUAUUUCCUCGCUUUUGACGUCAUAAAUCAGGAUGGCUGCAAAACGAGUAACUUUAAAACGAGUGAAAAUUAUAAUGGAAACAUUGGGAUCACAAGAGAGAAUGUUGCACUCAAACUUCAAAUGCCUUCUUAUUUACUUAAAUUAACAAUGGAAAUUACUAUUUCUAUUGAUUGGAGUGAAUUUGCAUUAAUGAUGGCGAAAUAUAUUAAAUUCAAUCUUUAAUUUUGAAUAAAAAUAUUUAUUCGAAAUAUUUAUAUAUAAAAUUUAUAAAAAAUAUACAAAUAAACAACAUUUUCUCACACACUAUGAAUAGAAAAUAUUCAUGCAAAGCUUCAAAGUGAAGAAGAAUUCACCCUUUUUGAGUGAAAAACACUAGACUUAUCAGAUGGAGUUCCACUCGAAGAAAUUCAGAGAGUACGUCGAAAUUAUUGUGACUAAGACUAAAUUGUGAAAGCACGUCUCGAGUAUUUCGUCUGUUCUAUCUCGCCUGUACACGAGUUUUGAUUGAUGUCAAUUAUUCAUAUCGACUCGAUUUUUCUGUAUUAAUUAUAAAGUAGAUUAAGUGGUUUGUCAUAUUCUUCCGCGUAUAUUCGACUGUUUGUUUCAUUUUUCCUAUUCCCAACUGUAUGCUUCCAUUAUUUAGCCUAUCUAUGGAAUUAAUCGUUUUCGUAGAUUAUCGCGCUCACGAGCGAGAAGUAUUAUUAUGAUUAUUUUACUAUUUUUACUUUUAUUAUUACUAUCAUUAUUUAUAAAAGCAUUCCACAACACACAUUGAUUGAAUAAGAGACAAGAAACGACAGUCUGCCAUUAAGUGUGAGCUACACGAAUAUUUCUUAUCUGAAAAAAAAUGCAGAAUAACACGCAAUCAUGAAAUUGAAUUAUCUCGUAGUGCAAUAUUACUUUGUACGAUGAUAAGUCGAAGCGGACCGAUCAAAUCCAAUCCAAUCGUGUUCGCAUUUAAUUCGUACUUUUGACGUGGUGAAGAAUGCGCGCCAUUAUUUAUGUAUAUGUAUCGAAUAUUGCACAUAUUUUUGGACUUUGGAUCUGACAGAACUGGCAUUAUUUUCUUUUCCAUUUGCUGUCAUCCCCGUUGCAUGAGUGAUCGCGUUAUUUGCAGCAUUUUUACUCGUAGUGACCGACACCUGUUUGUCUCUUCGAGAGAAGCACGUUCAUUAUAAAAUAAUAUUGCGAUCAUAAAAUAGUUUUACGACGAGUUUUGUUGCGGAGAGACCGAUACACGGGUCGAACACGUAUAUUGCGCUUCCGCCGCGAGCGCAACGCAUAUUUGGACAUUUUCACUCCAUUGUGCCGACCUUUCGCACAGUUACGGAGAGAGGUGGACUUAAUUAACGAUAUUGAAAACUAAUCGGGCUGCGAAGCCGAUUACGAGAUUUGGCGUAUAUAUUUGUGCGCGCGUGUGCAUACGUGCAUGUGUUAUGACACAAGAUAUAUGCAGAUACGUGUAUAUUACAAAUUAAAGAGUCAUGAACGAUA